AUGGAAAAGAGGCAUAAGAGGCCGUCGAGAACGAAGAGGAGAGGAAGAGGAUCACACCGCCUACCCUCAUCCACAACUCUCCCAGAAGAGACAGGCUUCAAUUGCUCCGUUUGUGGCAACGGCUUCAAGUGCAAAAGCAGUCUGACAGAACACCAGAGGAUCCAUACAGAGGCAAGGCCAUACCAGUGCUCUCUCUGUGGAAAGAGUUACCUGGCGAAGACAUCUUUGAAGAGACACCAGUUGAUCCACACUGGAGAAAAACCUUACUGCUGUGGACAGUGUGGCAAGUGUUUUUCACGUAUUGGAGACCUCAACGCGCACAAGCGCAUUCACACUGGACACAAGCCCCAUCGCUGUGGAAUGUGUGGGAAGGGUUUUUCUCGUGCAGACUAUCUCAAAUAUCACCAACACCUUCACACAGGAGAGAGACCAUACCAAUGUAAACAGUGUGGCAAGAGCUUCUCGCACGGACACACUCUCGCUAAACACAAGCUGAUUCACACUGGAGAAAAGCGCUACCACUGCAGUCAGUGUGGCCGGCGGUUUACUCAAUCAGGAGAUCUCAAACUGCAUCAGCUCAUUCACACAGGAGAGAAGCCAUAUCGCUGCGCACUGUGUGGCAAAGGUUUUUCUCGGCCAGCUCGCCUCAGAGAUCACCAGCACCUUCACACGGGAGACAAGCCCUACCAAUGUGGACAGUGUGGGGAAUGCUUUUCACAGUCGUGUGCUCUGAGACGGCACCAGCAAACUCACAAGGGUCACCAAGCACAAUAA